UUUCGAUCGAUCCUUUCCCUCUAUAGCUAGCUAGCUAGAGCUAGCACAUGCUAACAAAUCUCUCUUAUAUAGCUAACAAUUAGUUUUUCUAUUAAUUUUGAUCUUCAAUUCCUUUUAUUUUUAAUUUUAUUUUUAUCUAGUUUUUCAGACAGAGCUUACAUACAUAUAUAUAUAUAUAUAUAUCAAUUUUCCUGUCCUAGUCGUUAGUUGUUUUCUUGCUUUUGUUUCCUUUAUUGCUGGGGUCAACAGUGUUGGAGUGAUGAUCAUGAGCUUUCUAUAAUCUAUAGAAUUAAAAACGGAAAACGAUGUUGAGCUCAGGCGCCUUUCCACUUGCUAAGACUAGCUAAAAUAUCCUUUAAUUUCUUGCAAAAACCAGUACGUACACACGCGCGCGCGCACACACUACCAGACACUGCUCUAUCACAAAAGUAAGCUCCCUGCAGCAUAUAUAGUUGCCGUACGUGCAUUGCAGAUUAGGAGAAGCAAGGGCGAGGUGCUCCGGAUCGAGCAUUAAUUGUUGGAGCCUCUAAAUUAUCAGCCGCUAAUUAACAUGGACGCGGACCCACCAUUUCAUGAGGCCUACAAGACCCUCUUCGACAAAACCAUCGAAAGGAAUAACCAGCCAGUACGCAACCAGCUGCUCAUCGACAACAAAGAUAACGAGCAGCUUGUCAUCGUCGAGGAAUGCGAGCUUCCGUUGAUCGACCUCAGCCGUUUAAACCUUGGUGAACCUGAGAGCGAGGAGUGCAAGGCCGAGAUAGCUAGAGCUUCGAAAGAAUGGGGUUUUUUUCAAGUUAUGAAGCAUGGAAUCUCCACUGAGAUUUUGGAGAAGAUGAGAUUUGAGCAGGAGAGGCUGUUUAAGCAACCCUUUCAUGAGAAGAGCAAAGAAGACAAGCACUUGAGAUUUUCAGCUGGUAGUUACCGUUGGGGCACCCCUUCAGCCACAAACCUAAAGCAGUUAUCAUGGUCAGAAGCUUUCCACAUUCCUUUGAUCGAUAUUACCCCUUCUGGCGGCUUCGAUAGUCUCGGCAUAACAAUGGAACAGUUUGCAGCCACAGUAUCCAGUCUAGCACAAAAAUUGGCUGGGAUUCUGGCUGAGAAAAUGGGUCAUAAUUCAACUUUCUUCCAAGAAAAUUGUCUACCAAACACUUGCUAUCUUCGAAUGAAUCAUUACCCUCCGUGCCCAAUAGCUUCAGAGGUAUUUGGCCUAACGCCACACACCGACAGUGACUUCCUCACAAUACUGCAUCAAGAUCAGGUUGGUGGACUGCAAUUGGUGAAAGAUGGGAGAUGGAUUUCGGUUAAACCUAAUCCAGAGGCUCUUAUUAUCAACAUUGGAGAUUUAUUUCAGGCAUGGAGCAACGAUACGUAUAAGAGUGUGCAACAUCGGGUUGUCACCAAUCCGCUAGUGGAAAGGUUCUCCACCGCAUAUUUCUUCUGUCCAUCGUAUGACACUGUGAUACAGAGUUGCUGCGAGCCUUCGGUAUAUAGAAAAUUCAGCUUUAGGGAGUACAGGGAGCAGGUCCAAGCAGAUGUUCAAAAACUAGGAUCUAAAAUAGGGCUUCCUAGAUUUCUUGUGUAAAGCCAUGCAUCCCAAAGGAGUGGUGCAUAUAUCGACUGGGUAUUAUUGUUGAGAAUGUGUUUGUGAGAGAUCAAAUGGUAUACAAGUGUAGUCCAAUUAGAAAAUAAGAAAGGGUAUAGCAGUUUUAAUUAAGCUUAAUUCAUAUUGAUCAGUAGUGGGUAGUACUACACGUACAAUGCGAAAGAAAAAAUUUCGGACGUUUUGGUUUGAGAUCAAAGUAAUUUCUUAGAUGCUUUGGUUGAGAUGGGAUUAUUGCAAUUUC